AUCAAGAGUGUUGCUUUUUAAAACUCCACGCAGGAGAAAUCCGUCUGCAGGGUUCUCAAUGGCAAGCACGAACAAUUCAUUUUCUCGAGCCCUAAUCCCCAUCUUCAAAGGCGAAAAAUAUCAACUUUGGAGUCUUAAAAUAAAGACCUUGUUCAAAUCUCAAGAACUCUGGGACAUUGUUGAGAGUGGAUUUGAAGAUUCAACUCCUGCACCGGCGGAAUCCAGUCAAUAAUUGAGGGAAAAUCGAAAAAAAAAUGCUAAGGCGCUGCUGCUCAUUCAAUCGGCUUUGGAAGAUGAUGUAUUUUCCAGAAUUUUGGCAGCCACGUCUUCCCAAGAGGCAUCGGGGAUUUUGAAGAAGGAGUACAUGGGUGGAAAACAGCUAGCACAUGAAUCUAGAAUUACCAGGCCUCUUGAUAAAGUUGAAGAGAAGGCCUUUCAAAUAAAGGGGAGUCUUCUAUUGAACCAAAGAAGGACAAUAAUUUUGAAGGUCGUGGUCGAAGACGGAGCAGGCAUAAUUUUUGUGGUUGAGGAAGAGGCUGAACUGAUGGUUAUGGUAGGGGAAAUUUUGGAGAUCAACGUAACUAUAAAAGUAGUAAUAUUCAGUGUUAUUACUGCAAAAAAUUUGUCCAAAAAGAAGUUGAUUGUUGGGCCAAAGAAAAAACAGAAAAGCAAGCCAAUUUUACUGAAAAAGUGCAUGAGGAGAGUAAGUUGUUUAUGAUUCAUUCAGCACCUAUUAACAAUGUCAAUAAUAUUUGGUUUGUUGAUAGUGGUUGCUCGAAUCAUCUGUCAAGUUCCAAGUCUCUAUUUCGUAAUCUUGAUGAGACGCAGAAAAGUGAAGUGCGACUUGGAAAUAACAAGCAAGUUCAAGUUGACGGGCGAGGUACAGUUACUAUUAAAUCUUUGCAAGGUGACACUAAGCUUAUUCAUGAUGUCCAGUAUGUGCCUAAUUUAUCUCAUAAUCUUUUAAGUGUUGGACAACUAAUGAAAAAUGGUU